CUUGCCCUUUAAGGUUGUAGUCAAAACAAAGCGUAUCCCAGCCGGUUGCGCGGAAGUGGUUUUGUUCCAACCGUGUGCGAAAUGAGAUCAGAUUCCUUUUGAAAAAAGAAAAGAAACGUUCACUCCCUUCAACAUGUUGUUAAUGAUGUAAUUUUUAAGACGUCUUUUCCCUCCCUUAUCAGUACUUUAACAUUGAAGGGAACUAACAGGAGGGUUGUUGGCGAGCUGCCUAGCUAGCUUCAACAACACAAGCGAGCGGCCAUGCCUCCCUAUUCGGAAUUGAGGAAAAGCAACCACUUCUAUUACUUCAUCAAAUUUACCCUCAACGUCUAUUCUAUGCUGUUUUCGCUGGUGGGUCUCUGUGUGCUCUGCGUGGGGGUGUAUGCUGAGGUAGAAAGGCAGAAAAAUCGAACCCUGGAGGGUCUCUUCCUCGCUCCUGCAGUGGUGCUAAUCCUGCUGGGGCUGGUGAUGUUCACAGUCUCACUUGUGGGCAUGGUUGGCUCCCUCAGGGACAACAAAACCCUGCUGCACAUGUUCCUCUGCGUACUUUGUGUCUUGCUGCUUCUUCAGGCUAUUGCCCUCAUUAUAGCGCUCAUCUUCGAGAAGAAGACGUCUUCCUUGUUUCAAAGCAGUAUACGAGAGGGAAUCAAACACUACUACGAUGACCUGGACUUCAAAAACAUAUUGGAUUACGUGCAAGAAAAGUUUUCGUGUUGUGGUGGAGAUGAAUAUAAGGAUUGGGGCGUCAACCAGUACCAUUUCUGCAAUGGUACCGGCCCGCUGGCCUGUGGGGUUCCAUAUACCUGCUGUGUCCGCCGUGAGGUAGGAGAGGUCAUUAACACCCUAUGUGGUUCCAAGGCUCUGGAGAGACAGCGUGAAACCCUGCAGGAGGAGAUCCACGUACGAGGCUGCAUCCACGCAGUCAACCUUUGGAUGAGUGACAACAUUGGAAUAACUGUUGCGCUGUGCUGUGCCAUUGGACUGCCACAGCUACUUGGCAUCAUCCUGAGCUGCGUCUUCUGGAACCUUCUGGUGGAAAUGAGCGAAUCUGUCGACAUGGUGGACUUCAAGCUGAAAAAGCUGGAGUUCAAGUACAGUGAGUUGGACCUGGCCGGCGCCGGGUGGUGUAUGUGUUUGCCGAGGGACGGUGGAUACUUGCCCGUUCCAGCUUCCGAACCCGAACUGGACCCAAUUGACAUUCACCUGCAGAAGCUGAAGAAGCAGCCGCCUCGUACACACGCUCAGCUCCGAGAACUUCAACAGUCCAGAUCAGCCACGGGGCUGGACGAAGUAGACGUGGGCCGCAAGUUGAAAAGGGAACACUGAGUGGUCUUGUUGCAUUUCUUGCCUUCCCUUCAACGUUGUGAUGAUUUUUUUUAAAUUUGUGUUGCACUAUUUAAUAGUUGAACCUUUGCUGGUGGAUUUAGGGAAUUUGGUCAGCCAAAGGGAUCCAAAAUACUUUGUCACUUUACAUUGUUUCUUGGAAAUUCUCAGAACAAACAACCUAGAGCAUCAGCUUUUGUUUUCUUUUUUUAUUUCAUCAUUUGUUAUUUAAAAAUGUUUGGGGUCAUGUUUUAAUUUCAUUACUUUUCAACUUUUGCAUUUGAGCUACAACGUGUAAAGUUUACCUCAGGCUGUUUCAAGGACAGCCCAAUAGCUAAGAGGAUGAAUCGUGUACCUUGUCUAAAGAAAAUUAAAGAAGGAUUUUCAGUGUGGAUCAAAUAGGGACUAGUCCAUAUGUCAUGCGUAUAACGUUUGUGACGAAUGUGUACAGAUUGUGAAAUUCUUUUAGUUAUGAUCUCAGUUGGAUUUGUGUAGUCAGUGUACACUGUAAAACUGAUAGUUGUGAAAUGUGGAAUGCAUGUUUUGUACUGUGUAUGAAUUACAUUUGUAAAAUGAUACUCUGUUUACAUUAAAAGCUUUCAAAUGGGAUGCUUUUUAAAAAAAAAAAUACAACUUAAUUCUUUCCAUCAAUCAAGGGGACAACAAAAGGGAUAAUAAAGGCUACAACUCUGUUAAGUCUUUGGACAGUUUUAGCUAGUACCAGACCACUGAUUUGAGCUUCCUUCCAGCUCCUGCCUUGUACCAACACUACUACUGCUCUUGUUAAUAAACUGGGAUUUGUCUA